AUGCCCUCUGCCACCUGUCCUGAGACUUUAAGAGAGGUCUGGACCUCGGAAAGGGGCUCCAUGGCUCACGAAACAGCGACAACCAGGUGGCCGAAAAUAGUGCAAAACAUGGUGGACGACUUGGAACAGUCUCUCGGCCAGUUGAACUCGGACAAGACAGAGCAUAUUGAGGAGGGACGGCGUAUACAAGCCAGCCUGAGAAUCAUUAACGGCGAGAUCAUGCAGGACAAACAGUUGCAUCCAUUGAGUUCGGAUGGCUGCCCUGAUAUCGACAGUUACAACGCACAGCUCGAGUCCUUCGGCAGCAUGACCUGGCACAAUUGUCCCUGGCUCUUUUCCGAGUGCUAUCUCUACAGGUGUGUCCAAACCCUCUUCGCGCGGUCCCAAUUCUGGCGCGACCACGACAUCUUCGCGCGGCAGAAGCUCAACGCCUUCGUUGCAUCCCACGCAGCCGUUCAAGAGCUGUGCGAGCGGUACGCAUCCCUCACCGAAGCGGGCGCCCUCACGAAAGCCGCCGCCGCCGAUGACGACGACGACGACGCCGCGCGGCGACUGCUCUUCUCCGAGAUGACCGAGAUGGCGCUAUGGGGCAACGCGACCGACCUGAGCCUGCUAAGCACCCUCGGCAGCAGCAGCAGCAGCAGCAGCAGCAGCAGCCACAACCACAACCCCGACGACAUGCGCGCCCUGCAGGGCAACGCGGCCAUCUGCGCGGGCCGGGCCCGCAUCGUCGGCAACGACGCGCGCGCGGCGUGGGCAUACCUCAGGUCCGAGACCCACCGGGGACGACGAACAGAGCGCCGCGUCGACGUGGUCCUGGACAACGCCGGCUUCGAGCUGCUGACCGACCUGGUCUACGCGCUGUACCUGCUCGACUGCGGGCUGGCGUCUGCCGUCCGGCUGCACGUCAAGUCCAUGCCCUGGUUCGUGUCCGACGUCACGCCGCGCGACAUCGACGUCCUGCUCGCCGCCCUGGCCGACCCCGCCGUGUUCCCGGCCGCGGCGAAUCCGAGCGUGCGCGCGCUGGCCGGGAGGCUGCGGGGGUGCUACGAGAGCGGCCUCGUUGCCGUUGCCGAGCAUCCGUUCUGGACUACGGGGUUUGAUUUCCAGGCGCUGCCUGCCGUCGCGCCGGAGCUGUACCGGGAUCUGUUGGACUCGGCGCUGGUCGUUUUCAAGGGCGAUCUCAACUACAGGAAGCUGGUGCGAGACGCGAAUUGGCCGCAUACACUCCCGUUCAAGGACGCCAUUGGUCCGCUGCGUGGGGGUAUGAAGAUCCUGGCGUUGAGGACGAACAAGGCGGAUGUGUGCGUUGGUCUGAGCGAGGAGACGCUGGAGAGGGUUGAGAAUGAGGCGCCGGGAAAGGCGUGGGUGAGGAACGGGAGAUAUGCGGUCAUUAGCUUUUCUGACGGUGCUUGA